GAAGAGAGUCAAACGAGCGAGUUUUAGAUCUUUCUAGAAGCGGACCAUAAAAGUGGCAUUCUCUGGCCGACCACCUCAAUUUCCAAGCUUCUCGUUCUCGCCGGCAUCAGCCUAGGCUUACUUUUUCCGAAUUAGAAAAUAAACCGAACCGAAAAAGAAAUAUAAGAAGUCAGAGAGAGAAUUCUAGAAUCAACCACACACGUCCUUCCCUUCCUUUGCUUCGCCGCUCCGCUCUCUUUCCUUCCUUCUUUAAAGGUACGACGAUCGUUAUAACCCUAGCGUUCUCUUCUCUGCGCGACGAUUCGAUUCAGUCUAGUCUCUGUUCCAACUCCGAGCGAAUCUCGGGGUUCCCUAUUUGCGUUUCAUCGUCUGAGCUUUCUUUCUCUCUCGUUCUCGUCAACUCCCGCAUAGAUCUGUGAGUUUCAUUCAUUGCUUCAGCUCUGAGACCCGGAAUCUCUUUCCUCGUCUGCUUCAUUACUGAAUCUAAUUGCUCUUUGCUGGUUUCUCUAGUGGAUGGUUUGAUUCUCUUGGGGGGUUUUAAAUUUGAUCUCCUUUUUAGUCCUUCGAAUUCAAGCUGUUUUUUUUUUCCCUAUUUUCAGUGGUUGUUUGUUGCUUUGCCGAUCUUGCUUCAUUGAUAGAUUAAGCCAGUCGGUGGUGGUGAGUGUGCAUUAGGUUGUAUCAGACUGUGAAGGUUGUAGGUUUGGUGAAUGGCGGGCUUGGGCCAUCUUCUUCUUACCAUCUGCCUGAUGAAGUAGUUAAUUGGAGAUUCCCAGAAAGUCUGAUUCUCUUUGUCCAUUAACAUGAGAUCCUGUUAGGAUCCUUUGGAUUGGGAAUUUCCUUUCAAAUCAUGCGCUGAUAUGUAGAUCUUAAGUUCUGAAUGAGCUUUCAUAGUACUUCUGUAAACUGUCUCAUGGCACCCAUUUACACUUAGACUUCUGGUGGACAUCUAACGGGUAGAAAGGAUGUGGCGGCUUUGGUGGCUUCAUUGCAUAGAGCUGCUGAAACUGUAGAAAUUGGCUCUCAUUAGGGCUGGAGUUAUGUUUGUUUCUUGUACUCUGAUUGGUGGCUAACUUCUAAUUGAUCUGAUAGUAUGCUGCUCCAGGAUGAUAUGCUUUCCAGCUGCAUAAAUUGGUUGAAUGAGUAGCGUCCUUUGUGUCUAACUUGAUUUAUUUCUAUUGUUGUCUUGCACAGGCAAUCACACCGUCAUCCUGAAUACUGACUAGUUCAGUGAAUUUUGUCAGUUUAGGGAAACAUGAGUGUGGUUGGCUUUGAUUUUGGAAAUGAGAACUGCCUUGUUGCCGUGGCAAGACAAAGAGGGAUUGAUGUCGUUCUUAAUGAUGAAUCGAAACGUGAGACUCCAGCCAUUGUUUGCUUUGGAGAGAAGCAAAGGUUCAUUGGUACUGCAGGCGCUGCCUCGACUAUGACUAACCCCAAGAAUUCUAUCAGUCAGAUUAAGCGUUUAAUUGGACGGCCGUUCAAUGAUCCUGAAUUGCAGAGAGAUCUAAAAUCGUUGCCUUAUGCUGUCUCUGAAGGACCUGACGGGUUCCCUUUGAUCCAUGCGCGGUAUUUGGGCGAACUGAGGACCUUCACGCCUACUCAGGUUUUGGGAAUGGUGCUUUCAAAUUUGAAAGAGAUAGCAGAGAAGAAUCUCAACGCUGCUGUGGUUGACUGCUGCAUAGGGAUUCCUGUUUAUUUCACUGAUCUACAGCGAAGGGCUGUCUUAGAUGCUGCUACAAUUGCAGGAUUGCAUCCACUUCGUUUGUUUCAUGAAACUACUGCUACUGCACUUGCUUAUGGAAUUUACAAAACUGACUUGUCUGAAAGUGACCAACUGAAUGUCGCUUUCGUUGAUGUUGGUCAUGCAAGUAUGCAAGUGUGCAUUGUUGGAUACAAGAAAGGGCAGCUUAAGGUACUGGCACAUGCUUUUGACCGGUCUCUCGGAGGCAGAGACUUUGAUGAAGCUCUGUUCACCCACUUUGCUGCGAAGUUCAAGGAUGAGUACAAGAUAGAUGUUUACCAGAAUGCCAGGGCUUGUCUUAGGUUGAGGGCUGCUUGUGAGAAAUUGAAGAAGGUUCUCAGUGCUAAUCCUGAGGCACCUUUGAAUAUCGAGUGUUUAAUGGAAGAGAAAGAUGUGAGAGGUUUCAUUAAGAGAGAUGAGUUUGAACAGAUCAGUAUGCCUAUAUUGGAUCGUGUGAAGAAGCCACUGGAGAAGGCUCUUGAGGAUGCUGGACUUACUGUUGAGAAUGUUCAUACAGUUGAGGUUAUUGGGUCUGCAUCUCGUAUACCCUCUGUUUUUAAGAUCUUGACGGAGUUCUUUGGCAAGGAGCCCAGGCGCACAAUGAAUGCGAGCGAGUGUGUUUCUAGGGGAUGUGCCUUGCAGUGUGCCAUGCUCAGCCCCACAUUCAAAGUGAGAGAAUUCCAGGUUCAUGAGAGCUUCCCAUUCUCAAUUGCUAUGACCUGGAAAGGAGGUGCAGCACCGGAGACUCCAAAUGGCGCUGCUGAUAACCAACAGAGCACACUUGUGUUCCCCAGGGGAAAUGCCUUACCCAGCAUCAAGUCUCUGACUUUCUAUCGGUUGGCGACAUUUUCUGUCGAUGUCCAAUAUACGGACACAAAUGGGUUGGUGGCUCCUUCUAAAAUCAGUUCUUAUACGAUUGGGCCUUUCCAGGCCACGAAAAGUGAGCGGGCCAAAGUUAAGGUGAAAGCUCGGUUGAAUCUGCAUGGAAUUGUGUCCAUUGAGUCUGCAACACUUUUGGAAGAGGAAGAAAUUGAAGUUCCUGUCUCAAAAGAGACAGUCACCAAGAUGGACACUGAUGAUGUUCCAAGUGAUAGUGUGCCCCCGAGCACAAGUGAAGCGGAUGCUAAUGCCCAGGAAGGCAAUACUGGUGUCGAAAAUGGUGCUUCUGAUGCUGGUGAUAAGCCUACCCAAAUGGAAACAGAUAGCAAGGCUGAUGCUCCAAAGAGGAAAGUUAAGAAAUCGAACAUACCUGUAUCAGAAUUGGUGCAUGGUGGAUUGCCUCCAGUUGAUCUGCAGAAGGCAGUAGAAAAGGAGUUUGAAAUGGCCUUGCAAGAUCGGGUGAUGGAGGAGACUAAAGACAAGAAAAAUGCUGUUGAGGCUUAUGUGUAUGAGAUGAGGAAUAAGCUCCUUGAUAAGUAUCAAGAGUUUGUCACUGAGCCGGAGAGGGAAGAACUAUUGGCCAAGCUACAGCUGGUGGAGGACUGGUUGUAUGAAGAUGGUGAAGAUGAAACCAAAGGUGUUUAUAUUGCCAAGCUUGAGGAGCUCAAGAAGCAAGGCGACCCAAUAGAGCAGCGGUACAAGGAGUCCACCGAGAGGGGAUCUGUAAUUGAUCAACUUGUUCAUUGUUUCAGCAGCUACAGAGAAGCUGCUCUGUCUAAUGAUACCAAAUUUGAUCAUAUUGAUAUGAAUGAAAAACAAAAGGUUAUUAAUGAAUGUGCUGAAGCAGAAGCAUGGCUAAAUGAUAAGAAGCAGCAGCAGGAUUCCCUUCCCAAGUAUGCUACUCCAGUUCUCUUGACGGCAGAUUUGAAGAGGAAGGCCGAGGCACUUGACAGGUUUUGCCGGCCAAUAAUGACAAAGCCAAAGCCAGCCCCACCAAAGCCGGCUACUCCUGAAGCACCCACCGCAUCCCCUGAACAGCAACCCCAGGGUGGUGAUGCAGAUUCCAAGGCUAAUGCUGAGUCAAGUAGUAAUGACGAGAAGCCAGCUGCCGCUGAUGCCCCAGCGAGUGGGGAGCCAAUGGAUACAGACGAUCAGGAAGGUUCGGCUAAAGCCUGAGAGCUGAUAUCUGCGUCGGCAAGGUUGAGACCCUUUGCGUAAAAUGAGCACUCUUUGGAGGCGCUUGAUUCGGGUGUACGAGUGGUGGUCAGUUUUGCAAUUGUUGAAUUUGUUGAAGAAUGAUGUCGUGCUGGAAUUUGUUAUUGUUGUUGGGUUGGAACGAUAAAGGGUCUCUUAAAAAUCCGGUAGGUUUUUUCCAGGAAAGGCUUUGUAAGAGGAUUAUUAUUAGGACUGGACUUCCAUUAAGAAUGGUCUUCCUGCACUCUUUGGUACAACUAUUUAUUGAGCAGCAGUGUUGCGAGGAGGUUUGUCAUUUUAUCGAGUGUGGUUAGUUCCUUUUUACCAUCGUGUCUUUUUUAAAGAAAAUUGUUUUCUAAUUUCUUGUCACGUAUUCAAGUCCUUACCCAACUGAAUCAGAUUUGUACCAAUAAAAGGUUAAAAACACU